AUGGCCCGUGGACCCGUCAAGCACCAGAAGCGCCUCAGCGCGCCCUCGCACUGGCUCCUGGACAAGCUGUCCGGUGCCUAUGCUCCCAAGGCCUCCCCCGGUCCUCACAAGCUUCGCGACUCCCUUCCCCUCAUCAUCUUCCUCCGCAACCGCUUGAAGUAUGCGCUCAACGCCCGCGAGGUCAACGCCAUUCUCAUGCAGCGCCUCGUCAAGGUCGACGGCAAGGUCCGCACCGACUCCACCUUCCCCUCGGGACUGAUGGACGUCAUCUCCAUCGAGAAGACCGGCGAGAACUUCCGCCUGAUCUACGACACCAAGGGCCGCUUCACCGUCCACAGGAUAACAGACGAGGAGGCACAAUACAAGCUCGGCAAGGUCAAGCGCGUCCAGCUUGGCAAGGGCGGAAUUCCCUACUUGGUUACGCACGAUGCGCGAACAAUCCGCUACCCCGACCCAGCCAUCAAGGUCAACGACACCGUCAAGGUCGACCUCGCCACUGGCAAGAUCUCCGACUUCAUCAAGUUCGACACUGGUGUCAUUGUCAUGGUUACCGGUGGUCGUAACAUGGGUCGUGUCGGUGUCAUCACCCACCGUGAGCGCCACGACGGAGGCUUCAACAUUGUCCACUUGAAGGACGCUGUUGACAACGAGUUCACCACUCGUGAGUCCAACGUCAUCAUCAUCGGAAAGGAGAAGCCAUGGAUCUCUCUGCCCAAGGGUAAGGGUGUCAAGCUCUCCAUUGCUGAGGAGCGUGACCGCCGCAGGGCGUACGCCAUUGCUCACUAA